AUGACUGGGCAAUUUGGAGCACCCGUGGAUAUGCAUCCCGCAAAAUCACCACCAGCAACCACAUUUACAGGCCGCACAGUCCGUCUCGAAAAGCUAGACCCUCGACACACCGAUGACCUCUACGAAAGCAUUGGACAGCACACGGCAGUCUGGGCCUACAUCCCCGACGGGCCCUUCCAAGACAAAGAGUCAUUCAUCCCAUUCAUAGAACGACUCUCUAAAUCCGCCGAUCCGUAUCUAUAUGCUCUCAUCGAUGCAUCAUCCAACAAAGCAGUUGGAUUUUUCUCACUGAUGCGCAUCGACCAGAAAAACCGGGUGGUCGAAAUUGGCUUCGUUGUUUUCUCGCCAAUGCUGCAGCGUACGACCGCCGCAACAGAGGCAUUCUAUCUUAUUGCAAAGGCCGUCUUCGAGGAUCUUGGGUACCGCCGGUUCGAGUGGAAAUGUGAUAGCCACAAUGAGCCAUCCAGAAAGGCUGCUGCUCGCUUCGGGUUUACGGCGGAGGGUGUCUUUCGUCAGCAUAUGAUGAUCAAGGGCCGGAAUCGGGAUACAGCUUGGUUUUCUAUGCUGGAUUCGGAAUGGCCUGCCGUGCGGGAGUCAUUUGAAAAGUGGUUGGAUGCGGCGAACUUCGAUGCGGAUGGGAAGCAGAUCUCUUCACUUGUUGCUUUGCGGGGGCAGUAA